UAAUUAUCUUCUAAAUAACAUCUAUUUCUAAUUCUUUAUUGAUGAGAAUAUUUUGGCUGAGGUGGAUAGUCUCAAAAGCCUUGAAUUUAGUCUCUUUUAUAUAGUAGGAUAACUGAGCCAUUUUACAGUAGAAUAACUAUAAGGCGCGCAGCUCUUGCAUGGUUGCAUUGCCAUUCAAUUUAUACAUUAUCCGGAUCAAAUUAAAUUAACUUCAACAAAUUCAAUGCUAAUUAUGCCUCUAAUGGUUUGUUUCAAGUGAUUUUUGAUAUAUAUUUUUGACAAAUUUAUCUAAUCAUCUAGUCAAGAGUAAUAAUAUAUUUUUCCUAAAAACUAAACGAUAUACUUUUGCCUUAAUACUCGUUGAAAACUUAACAAAUGUGUCAGUUAAAUCAUAUUAACUAGCUCCAUGCGUAAAAGUUCAAACUUAUUCAGCUUUUGCAUGCAGCCAUUUACCAACAUGGUAUAUAUCAUAUAUGUAAUACGAAUAGGAAAGGGAAUAUUUACAUAAAGGUGAAUUCAGGAUCCAGAAAGUGAAAAAGUGUGAGAAGAACGAAUAAAGGAUGCCUUGACCUUAACAGCUUUACUGAUUUAAAGGUUUAAAACACUCAUUCUUGUAGUUUCAUUUGAAAAAGGUUAUUAUUCUUAUGGGUGUGUGGAUUCGAAGCGGGAAAGAGUAGUCGUAUUCGUAUAACCUCAAGGGUCAGACAAAAGUAUGAUUUACUUUACUUCGCGCAGUCAAUUAAUAGAUUAACUUUCUCACAUGUUGAGACUUGAGGUUAUGAGAGUGAAACUUUGUGGAUCGUGUGCCAAAAGGUUAUUACUGUACGAGCAAUGCUCUUUGCUAAAACAUUAGUUGAUAUAUUCAAGAAAGUUUAAGGAAUAUGGUGUCUGCCAAAACCCUACCUGCAACAAUAAGAUUUGAAAAAUUAUUCAUACCUUUAGGCCCAUUAGUCUACUGGUCCAUAUUCUUUGACAACAAUCCUAAUUGAACCCAUUGGGUCAUGAAUUUCCUCGGAUCUGGUCUUUGAUAAUGUGCGAUCGAGAAAGAAGAAAGUUCAAUACGUUUAGUCUUUUUCAUACAUACAUGCACGCACUCAUCAAACCUUUGACCCCUUCAAUUUAACAAUUUAAACGUACGGAAAAUAGUUGGUGCGUUGUUUCUUUCUUCGUGUCAAGAAUAGUUAAAACUUUUUUAAUCACGUUUAUUAGACCCAAAAACAACAAUUAAUUGUGGAAAAAAACAGAGAUGAUAUAAUUAGGGUUCAUAAUUAAAGAACAAAACGAGAAGUUUUCUUUCUUCUUUAUAUGAAUCAAUUACUCGUUUAUUACAAAACAAGUGGCCGACAACCUGUACAAUUUUGAUUCGACAUAUCUUUAGAAAAUCUCAUCAUUCGGACAUUGUUUUCUUUUAAUAAGACUCACUCUCAUUAUCAUUAGAUUCAUAAAUAAUUCCCAGGAAAGUUGAUCUAACGGUUCAUAAAAGAAAGUUAUGUACGAUCAGUUCACUGGAUCCUUUUUCUCUCGCGACCAACCACGAGCAAAGUAAACGCAUCAAGUCAAGGCUGUUGAUGAUGAGUCUUUUGUGAAUUAUUUUCCCAAAUAGAAUGUUUUAAGAUUACGUCAUCACAAUGACGUACGCAAACGUAAUCUCGUAUAAGCUGCUUCAUGUCGUUUUAUCUGUCCAAAGCAUCAUUCGACGCAAUGGCAACGUCGGUAUCUCCGCGUUCUUUGACUAUUAUGCCCUUGGUCGUUUGGUCAUGAAUUCAUUUUCUUCCUUUUAAAAGAAGGACUAUCAUCAGACCUUUUUGCCAUUUAACUCGCUCUCUCCAUAAACCAGUUAUAUCACCUUUGGAAAUGUAUCCCAAACUAUUUAAUUUACACGAUAACCCCUACAGUGUCUUAAAGACCAUGAAGAACGAGAAGGACCAAAAUGUCGAGACCAAGGAGACGAGCAGGAUCGGUGAGAGAGAAAGAGAAGACGAAGAUGAAGAAGAGAAGAGGAUUAAUACGUUCUUUAAGCUCAUCAAAAGUUAUCAAGAAGCACGGAAACGAAGAAGAGAAGAGUUGGCUGAAAUUUCAGGAGACGUGAGGAAGAAAACUAACGUCGGAGAGGCAUCCGGUGCUGUGGUUCCGGCGUUUCAGCCGGAAGAUUUCUCUCAGUGUGGUACGGAUGUGAAGCCAUUGAUGGCUGUAUCAGAUCACAAAGAAGGGGAUGUAAAGGUGAAAGAAGAGGAGGAAGAAGAAGCAAAGAAGGAGGAAGAAGAAGAAGAAGAGAAGGGUUUGGAUCUUAAUCUUGCAUUGUAAUAAAUUUAAUUUUUUUGAAAUUUUCACUUUCACUUAGGAUUUGGGAUUUUGACUAAUGAAUAUUUCAAACGUGUGACCGAUCAAAAUAUAAUCAAAUCCUGAAAUGUAAAAUAAGCUAAAAAAAUUGGUCUAAUUCUUCAAACAUUAUAAACUAUUGUCUACUGAAUAAACGUUCUUUGUUUAUGAGCA